CGGAAGCUGAGGUCGCAGCACGGUCUGCUCGCGGACCGGGGGUACUGGUCUUUUUCUGCGGAGUACGUUUAGCCAAGUUUGAUUGCGGAAGAGUGAACUGAAAAAUGCAAAGUCAUCAAACAAUUGAAGAAGUAGAAAAAUGAAUAUCAUGCAGUUGCGAGUUUUUAAAAUUCUCCUCUUGCUCUACUGCACUAUCUGGAGGUUCUCAUCUCGAUAGAUAGAUACUAUGUAUCAACGUGAUCAUUCAUUUAUGACAAGAACCACAUCACGAAGAACUACUUAGCACCUCCAGGGACCUAGUGAUCUUCUUAACAUCCUCGCCCAGAUCGACUUCAAUGAAGAGGUGGAAUUGCACGCUGCACAGGUGGUAGAAGGCCCAAUGGACCCAUCAUUGGAUGUCGAAAAUGCUGCUCCCGCAGUAGAAGGUGGAGGAAGCGGACGCGCGGCUUCAAAGCAAGGAUCGAGCAAAGCGGAAUCCUCGAGCACAGGUAUGUCCC